AGCCCCACAACGCGGUGCACCGAUCGAGGACACCGAUUUCAAUUCGUGUUUCAUUUUUUUAUUUUGCUUCAUUUCUGAAGCAGCUGGUGGUGGUGGGAGAAGGAGGCUUGCAUCUCGCCAUUGUUGUCGUCGAUCAACCCCGAUCAACCCCGGCAUCUAUCAAACCCCCCGAAGCAACGGUUGUAACCCAUGCUGCGCCAGCUGUUCAAUCUUGCCCGGUUGGUGCUGGCGGCUGGCCGGAAGUACGGCCAACCGCUCAUACUGCUCGUCUCGUUUGGUGUGUUCGUGUGGCUGAUCGUCGAUACGGUGCACCGGCCGGAAUUUGUGCGUCCCUCCGGCGUGUCCCUGCAGCAGGACGGUGUGGAUCAACGGAAGCCACCGGAGCGGUGGAGCGAAACAAGCGUUUACCAGUUUCUGGCCCUGCUCGGACUCGAUCCGGACACACCGACCGCUGACGGUGGUACCGGUGUGGCUGAGCAGUGCCAGCUUCCGGUUAAUGGUGUUCCGCAGCAGCACCUCCUGCUGACUGCUUUCGCCGGUGGUUCGCUGCUCGAGAAUCUGUGGCACUACUUCUCGCUGAUUGCGCUCACACACACACUGCAGACGGUACCGGGAGCCGAUCGGCGCACGGUACAACCAUUGCUCACGCUUUCGGCAUCCGAGCAGCUGGGCGAACUGUUCGCAAGCAUCCCAUACGAGACUAUCGACGGCAGUAUGGACAGCAGCAGCCGGUUGCAGUGUUACGAGCUCGCCGCAGCGUACAUCCUCGACGAUGCGAAUCCGGUGCAGGUACCGUCCGAUAAUCCGUGGCCCCUCUACAUCCUCAACAACAACGCCAAGCGAACGGUGGAGAUCGCCGGGAUGCGGUGGGGGGAGCAGUGGGCUUACUUCGACGUUGGCGAGCAGCAGCGUCAGAUCGCGCUGGGAGUGCUGGCGGAGCUGCGACAGCGGGCAACGCUGUCAGCGGAGGAAGAGCAAGUGGCCGCAGCCGAUCGACGACCGGACGAUCUACAGUUUGUCGGCAUCAACAUCGGCGCGGACGAUGGGCUACCGUUCGAGUACUACGACCGAGCGAUCAGCUUCCAGCGCAAGAUGCACGAUGGGGGCCGGCUUGCGGUGGUCGCCAUCUGUGAGCAGCCCGAUGGCAAGGUGUGCCGCCUGCUCGAUGCACCCGGCGAGCAGAGUUUCGUCGUUAGCCGGAGCGCGAAUCCGGUCACGGACUGGGCGCUAAUGGCACUGUUUAAUCACUCCAUCGUGUCGAGCGAGCAGGAUAUCUUUCCGGCACUGGUGCGCGACGGCGGCCGGACGGUCGUCAGCGGUCAGUCCGUGGGCGAUGUGGCCAUCGUGCUAUCCAACCUGAAGGAACACUGGUACGCGCUGUUUUGAUCGGUGUAGUGCCUUCAGUAGCUUUAAUUAGUAAUAGUAGUAGCGGAAUUGGAAAUCCACAGCUGCUCAGAAGCAGCUGUGUAGCGUACAUACCUACCGUUGGUGGUAGUACUUAGUUCCGGGAGUACCAUUAAUGAGGCCACCACCACG